ACCACCACUACGACCGGCACUGGCACGAGCAUGACCGGCAGCGGGACCGGAGGCGGCCGAUUGCUCGACGAUUCGUCCGACCAACCGACCGGGCUGGCCCUGGUGGGUCGGAUUGCUGCGCUGGCACUCACGCCCGGUGACCUGCCCUGCGUGCAGCGUGACCUCUGUCAGCUGGUGCGUGAAGGUCACCGCGCCGGCCGGCCCCACGACACCACGCUGCCGCUGGCAAGCCUGCCGCUCUCUUGGCUCAUCUCUAAGCGGACCGGGCACCGGUUCAGUGACCUCUGCUGGGUCAUCCCUGAGGCGAUGCGGGCCGACGACUGCCACCGGCUCUAUCCUGACUGCAGACGCGACCAACACAGCUAGGAGAAGAUCCGCUGGAGACGCGAGCUUGCGGGCUCGCAGUGGUCCGAAACUGGCAUUACUCGAGUACUUGCUUCGGCAGUGCUAAACUUUAUUACU